AUGAAUCAGGCCGCCGCCGAAGCGUUCCUGCUGUUGGCUACCGUCUUACUCUUUCUGCCCUUACCGAUAUCAUCGCUCUCUACCUUCACCUCCUCGCUUGCCUUCCCGUCCUGCCACUGCAAUGUCAACAAGCCCCUGCAGUACGUCCUCUACAUGAGCGACGACGCCAUCAAGAAGAGGCUCAGCCGCUGGGACUCCGGCGUGCAGGGCAUCAGCCUGGGAAAGUGGAGGAACAUCCCCAUCUCCGACCUCUCCAAUACCUGUGACACCCACGUCGUCUUCAGCCGCAGCGUGGACUACCAUGUGCCCGUCACGCCACCCGCCUUCCUGAAGCCCUUCGUGGGCAACAUCCAGGCCUUCCAGCACAAGGACCAAGACCUGCUCGACUGUACUUCAUCGGACAGGUUUGUCAUGAACGAGAACGCCGUCAUAUCCAACCUACCCGUUGUCUCCUCUAUCACCGUCUCCGUCGUUACCCCCGUGGUCUCGGGAGCGUCCCCCACCGCCAACAUCACCGUCAUCCACCAGGACCUCCCCUGGUACAUGCAGAUGGUCUCCCCCGACAUCCACACGGAGAUCCUGCGCCGCACCGAGGACCUCUGGCGCAUCACCGUCGCCGACAUCUGUCGAUGCGCUGUUUGA